GGCGUGGAAAAGAGCCUUAAAUGUGCUUAAAUGGGACGAUGCAGGCUAAUGCAGACUAAUGGGCGGCAAGUUGCAGUAAAUUCCGCAAAUUGCGAUUGAUUCAAGAAGAAAAGAGUUGUGCGAUUAAAAGUAUUGUAAUAUACGAAGUGAUGUAUUCUAUGAAAACCCCCACACUUCGGAUAGAUGAUGCCGAUUUGAGAUGUAAAAAGGGUUGUGGCUUUUUUGGCAAUGCCGAGUGGAAAGGUUAUUGUAGUUGUUGUUAUCGGGAAUACUUGCAACAGCAACGGGCUCAGGACGAACGUGCUGCUUGUGCUGGGUCGCGAGCAUACGAGAGCGACGGUCAUGGUCAAAUCUCGGUGGUAUCCGACCCCCAUGCAUCGGAAGAGAAGAAGCAUCAACCUGGGAAACCUAAAAAGCUCUUAACGCUCACAUCGUUUCGAAAGCCUACCAGAGGAUCACCAAGGUAUGAGAUCUUAUUACACGAGCUAAUGAAGGACAAUCAGGAUCUGAUUAAGGUCAAAUCGGAAAAUCGUGAUCUUGUAGAGGCGAUAGUUAAAACAUCUGCAGAAAAAGAUGUGCAAAAGCAAAUCUAUUCGUUCGUGAGAGAGAUCCUUCAGUGCAAGGAUGUGAAAAGAAUAGAAGAGUUGUCUGAAAUAACGCAAAACUUCUACCAAAUGUUUGCUAAACGAAUGGACGGUCAUCCAUGUUAUGCAGAAAUUCCAUUGGAGACAAGGGAGAAACUUUUAGACUACGUGGAGAGGUACACCAUGACUUUACUGUACAGAAUCUUAUUUUGUCCAUUAUUAACCUCUGACGAGAAAAAAGAUUUGGCCAUUCAAGACAGGAUACGGCAAUUAAACUGGGUUAGUGGGAAAAACUUAGAAUGUAGAAUUCAUGAAACAAGUUCCGAGGUGAGGGAAUUAGUCUAUGCUUCGAUAACAGAUCUCUUAAAUAUGGAUGCCGCAAAAGCACCACAGGAAAAACUUGCAUGUAUCGUGCAUUGCUGCAAGAAUAUUUUUGUAAUGUUACAACAGUCCGUCGGAGGUCCCGCAUCUGCUGACGAAUUCCUGCCAGCUCUUAUCUUCAUUGUCUUAAAAGCGAAUCCUGUCAGACUUAAGAGUAACAUUAAUUUUAUUACCAGAUUUUGUAAUGCAAGCAGGCUUAUGACUGGAGAAGGUGGUUACUAUUUUACAAAUUUGUGUUGUGCCGUGUCCUUUAUCGAAAACUUAACGGCAGAAUCGUUAAACAUGACGGAAAAAGACUUCGAGGCUUACAUGUCGGGCGAACGAGUUCCAGCUAAUACUUGGGAAUCUGCUUUAACGAUAUGUGAGAGUCUGCAUAUAAUGUGCGAAGACAUCACUCUACUCGACGAGAUGAAAACAAUAAAUAAUGAAAUUUUAUCAGAGGCGAGCGAUUUGAAAGCUGAGAUGACACGGUUUCGUUCAAAAAUCAUGGAGGAUGUAAUGACGGCAAUAGAGAGGAUGCCGUUGAUUAUUGCUCGUAGUCAAAGAGUGCCUACAAACUUGGAUUCCGAAGAUGCGGAAUCUUACCACUUACCACCACCGAUUACGCCUCAGGUUUAUCGUCACUUGACAAGUGACGAACACGAUUACGCCACAUUGGGAGAUCGAGUCGACGAACCAAAAUCCUUGCCAGUCCACCAAGGCGUCACGCCGUCUCCAACUUUUGAGUUUCCAUAUUUUGACCGUCAUAACGAGCUGGAUAGCAGUCAAGCGGAUGACGAUAUCAGUUUAAUAAGUUUAGAUCCACGUUACGACUUCACGACCGAAUCUUACUUCCAGGACAAAGCUACGUCGGACAGUUCCUUAGAUGAAUCGCAUAACUACGGGACGAGUAGACCGACCGUUAGAAAUUCGGCACAGGCGGACUACCACGGCUUUGCCGUUCAAGGUUCAAGCAUCCCAACGAUACCAUGUAACACGGGCGAUCUCUCUUCGAUCUCUUCCGAGCUCGAGUCCGACUCCUAUUCCGGUUACCAUCGAACUUCGUGAACUUAUGUACUCGUUCGAAUACCAAAGACCCUCGAUCGAAGAGGACGCAGCCGUGGCAGCAUCGUAGAGUUUUUCGAUGUUAAAUAAACGAGAGCAGACUAGAACUCGAGAAAAAUUUGGAGUGGUCGAAAACAUACGUGGCAAGGCAAUAAAAUCGAUAAGAUAAA